AUCCGGUUCCGAAUGGUUGGUAGCCGGCUGAAUUUGGAAAUAAUGAUAUCUCCGUUUAACUUCACAUCCGGAUUGUUAAUUCAACCUAAGGAAAAGAGCUUCUGGCACAGCAACGACGUUACUAGCAGAACCGAGUUGGCAUACACCGAACCCGACAUACCGAUUCGCAAUUCCUUGCCGAACGUACCAGACUCCGGGGAGAAUCAAUACUUGAACUUCGCACCGAGCGAUCGACGCAAGGACGCCGCACAAAGCACGAUUCCCUUCAUCGACGUUCAACCGGUCACCCCGAAUCCGCCGGUACCGCUCUCAGGCGCCGGUAUCUUUCACAAGGGUCGAAAGGGUUCGGGCGGAUUCGUCGCAUUGAAAUUGACCACCUACGAUUUCGCGCCCCACCUACAGAUCGAUCUGCCACCGGCACCGCCGGUUCUCGAAAGUCCGAAUGAGAUAAAAGCUUCGUAGAACCUUUCGUGUUUUUUGAAUAUUUUAUCGAAAUAAUGAUUAAAGAACCUGUGAUUUGCCAAGGACCUCAAUAUACGUAUCGAGGUAAAAAACGAAGAUAUGUAUCGAGUUAUUGCAUACGAAAUGUGUUAACACUUUCAAAUGUUUCAGCUGUAGAAAAAAAUUGAAUUUUUUAAAUAAAGCACGAAACAAAAAAAAAUAGAUAUUGGAAUUUAUCUAACAUUCGAGAUACAAAACUUAAUCUUUUAUUAUCUUUAACCCUUUCCAUUCUUAGAUUCUAUUUUACAUUCGAUCGAAGUGUGAUUACGAAAAUGACUUCUAAUUCCGAGUAAUCUUUUUUAACUGCGUAUACCUUGUCUCCUUGAAAAUUACUUAAUUUGAAAAUGCAGAAUCUCUGACGUAAAACCGACAUUUCUUAUGCAAUUAACAAUAAUAUUUAAGUCUUGUACUCUCUGUAAUAUUACGUAUAAAUUUUAUAUUAAACUUGUUAUACUCAUUAUUAAUUAUCUGUCAGUAAUAUUAGUGAAAACUUUUUUAAGAUUUACGAUAUAUUUAACGAAUCUCAUAUUGUCAUAUUGAAUUUAGAAAUAUUGUAGAUAAAUAUUUGUGACGGCACAAUGCUGCCGUUUUCUUUGCAGUGCGAUUUGGUUACCAUUAAAAAAAAA